ACCAGGAAGUCUGCUACGGGGCGGGUCCUGGGACUCCCCGCCUCCCCCACUCCUGUCUCUGGUCUCCUGACUCGGCCUCAGCCCGUUGCCCUCCAGCAACAGUCGCUCCCGACUUAACCCCUUAGUUCCCGCCCACCGAGGCCUCUGGACUUGGGCGGUCAGGGGAUGGGAGGGGUGCGUCCUUGGGCUGGAACCGGAGAGGGGGCAGAGAGGGGCUGCGUCUCUGGGCUUGCACCAGCUAGCACAGACCGGGAACCUGGGCUUGCUCACUGAGUUUAUUGGAGCACCGAGGUUAGAAUCUUAAGAGUUCUAGAACCCUGAAAUCUCCACAUUUCCCCGAACCUUAGGAUUCUUCCGUUCAUGUCCCAGAGUCUUAGAAUCAGCUUCCCAAAAUCCACAUACUGGGGAGAAAUAAGGUUUAAAAAUGGGUGGAGGGUAACUGUGUGUGCUUUCUCUCUCUGAGCCUCAGUUUCAUUAUCUGUAAAAUGGGGAUGUUAAUAUUUAGCCACUUAAUAACAUUCCAAUAUAACAUGGGCAAUCUGACAGCUCCUGAAACCUUGCCAGAUGCUUUCUGGGGAGUCAGAAUUUGAUCCCAGGAGCUGAAUUUCUUGUGAAGUGAUGAUAAGACCCACUGGUUGAGGAAAUUCUCAACUGGAGGGAAAGUUAUGGGUGGAGAGCCCGCUCCUCUGGGCCAAGGGGCUUGACCCACAAAAGCAGGUGAAAGAUGGUGUGAGCUGGCAUUGGAGCCUCUACUGUGCCCAUAAUCUUUAAUUUGCUCUUUUUUUUUUUUUUUUCAGUCAGAGGUCUAGGGCUUUAUUACAAAUGGAGUUGACUACUGGGCAGACCCCUCUCCAAUCUUUCUUUUGUACCCUCUUCCCUCCCAACACAUCCCUCCAGGGGAGGUCAGUAAGCCAUUAUGGAAGAGGAAUCUGGGGAGAGUUGAAAAGGGCCAAUGCUUUCUCCAAAGUCCUCUGAAACAACCUCCGUAGUCCUUAUGGCUCCAGCUGAGAAUAUCCUGGUGAAAAAGAAUCUCCAAUUCAUUUUGUGCACUGUGGCAGAAGGACACGUCUUCCUAACCCACACAUAUAUGAUCCUGCCUGUUCCCUGGUGAGACACCUAUAACUCCCCAGUGCCCUCAGACUCAAAUCCAAGCUCCUUGGUUUGGACUUCGUGGUCCUCGUCAACCUCUUCCACUGUGCCUUCCACCUUGCUGGCCUCUGAACCUCCACUUGUGCAGCACCUGCUCCCUGCUUGGCCUCUUCUCUCUCCUGGUCUACUGGCUCUGACCGCUCUGCGGUUAGGCCUGACCCAACUGGUCCUCCUGGGAGUCUCUUUCGGCCUAAGAUCUCCAACCAGACUUGCCCGCUAUGUCAGCUGCGCCCGGCCUCCUGCACCAGGAGCUGUCCUGCCCGCUGUGCCUGCAGCUGUUCGACGCGCCUGUGACGGCCGAAUGUGGCCACAGUUUCUGCCGUGCCUGCCUUGGCCGCGUGGCAGGGGAGCCAGCAGCGGAUGGCACCGUACCCUGCCCCUGCUGCCAGGCACCCACGCGGCCUCAGGCACUCAGCACCAACCUGCAGCUGGCGCGCCUGGUGGAGGGGCUGGCGCAGGUGCCGCAGGGCCACUGCGAGGAGCACCUGGACCCGCUGAGCAUCUACUGCGAGCAGGACCGCGCGCUUGUGUGCGGCGUGUGCGCCUCGCUCGGUUCGCACCGUGGGCACCGCCUGCUGCCAGCUGCCGAGGCCCACGCGCGCCUCAAGACGCAGCUGCCACAGCAGAAGCUGCAGCUGCAGGAGGCGAGCAUGCGCAAGGAGAAGAGCGCGGCUGUGCUGGAGCAUCAGCUUGUGGAGGUGGAGGAGACAGUGCGCCAGUUCCGGGGAGCUGUGGGGGAGCAGCUGGGCAAGAUGCGGGUGUUCUUGGCUGCGCUGGAGGGCUCUCUGGACCGCGAGGCAGAGCGUGUGCGGAACGAGGCAGGGGUCGCCUUGCGGCGGGAGCUGGGGGGUCUGAAUUCUUACCUGGAGCAGCUGCGGCAGAUGGAAAAGGUGCUGGAGGAGGUGGCUGACAAGCCACAGACUGAGUUUCUCAUGAAAUACUGCCUGGUGACCAGCAGGCUGCAGAAGAUCCUGGCAGAGUCACCACCGCCUGCCCGUCUGGACAUCCAGCUGCCUGUCAUCUCAGAUGACUUCAAAUUCCAGGUGUGGAGGAAGAUGUUCCGGGCUCUGAUGCCAGCCCUGGAGGAGCUGACCUUUGACCCGAGCUCAGCGCACCCCAGCCUGGUCCUGUCUCCCUCGGGCCGCCGCGUGGAGUGCUCCGAGCAGAAGGCGCCGCCCGUCGGAGAGGACCCGCGCCAGUUCGACAAGGCGGUGGCCGUGGUGGCGCAUCAGCUGCUCUCCGACGGCGAGCACUACUGGGAGGUGGAGGUGGGCGACAAGCCACGCUGGGCACUCGGCGUGAUCUCGGCCGAGGCCCCCCGCCGCGGCCGGCUGCACGCGGCGCCCUCGCAGGGGCUCUGGCUGCUCGGGCUGCGCGACGGCAAGACCCUGGAGGCUCACGUCGAGGCCAAGGAGCCGCGCGCGCUGCGCUCCCCCGAGAAGCGGCCGUCCCGCAUCGGCCUCUACCUGAGCUUCCGCGACGGCGUGCUCUCUUUCUACGACGCCAGCGACGCCGACGCGCUGGCGCUGCUCUUUGCCUUCCACGAGCGACUGCCCGGGCCGGUGUACCCCUUCUUCGACGUGUGCUGGCACGAUAAGGGCAAGAACGCCCAGCCGCUGCUGCUCGCGGGGCCCGACGGCCAGGAGGCCUGAGCCGCCGCCGGGCGGGCCAGGGGCGGGUCCUGCCGGUUGGGGGCUUGGGUCUCCUUCGUCAGGCCAGGAGGGAGACGGGUGGGGGGUGGUUGCCAGGGCUGAAGACGGGGCCUAGAGGGCUGGGGACUGGGGGUCUCCCAGAGUUCUGAGAUGUGGGGGCCUGGCAUGGACAACCCUUCGGGGAGGGGCUGGGGUGACGUCGGAGGAGGAUCUGAUGGGGAAGGGAGAUCUGCAGUCAGGUCAGUGAAGACACGUGAAUCUGGGAACCAGCAGGCUGGAAGGUUCCAGGGAGACACUGAGGUUAAGGGGGAGGGAAGGGGCCAAGGUUCUGGGAGGAUGGGGAAGGAGCUUGUAGCGUGAGGGCCCCGCCGCUCUCCUGGAGGCCUUGGGGCAGGGGCUGCAGUGUCUCCUUAGCCAGAGGCCUUCCACCUCGUGGUUCUCCGACUUGAGCAUGCAUCAAAAUCACAUUUUUAAAGCACAGAUUGCCAUUUCCCGUUCAGUAGUAGGUCUGGGGCAGGUAAAAAGUGUGCGUUUCUAACAUGGUCCCAGGUGAUGCGGAUGCUGCUGGUCACAAGGGUAUCACAAGGGAGAACUGGCGACCUAGAGUACCCCAUUGCUUUACCCAGUUUCCAGGGUAGGUGGAGGCACACAUAGAUCCAAUAUAUGUUCUUCUGUUCAACAGACAUUUAAAAACUGUCAGAGCCUGUGCUGGGUGAAUAAACCAACUCUCAACUUA